AUGUUGACAUGCAUAAAAACUACACUUCCCCAAAGCUGUCACAGAGCGCUCCCGCCUCCCAUUGGCUGGCCGCUCCAGCCGCAGCCCCAGAGAAUGAAUGAAAUUGAAAUAGCUGCUACAUUACAUGUACAAUACCGGGCUCUGCAGUGUUGCAUUCUAUCAUACUAUAUCAAAAUGGCCACAGCGGUACAGAACCCCCUCAAAUCGCAAUCUGGAGGUGCAGUCAUCAAGAACAGUCUUGGAGAGGAGUUUUAUAAGGAGGCCAUCGAACACUGUCGCAGCUACAAUGCCCGUCUGUGUGCAGAGCGCUCCAUGCGGCUCCCUUUCCUGGACUCCCAGACCGGGGUGGCCCAGAGCAACUGCUACAUCUGGAUGGAGAAGAACCACCGUGGACCAGGUCACGCUCCGGGCCAGUUGUACACAUACCCCGCUCGCUGCUGGCGCAAGAAGAGACGGCUAAACAUCUUGGAGGACCCGCGGCUUGUACCGAUCGAGUUCAAGAUAGACUACGAGGCAUCUUUAAAGAAGGAGGGGGGGAUCCCAGACGGUCCCGUGCUGGAGUCGCUGCUUGCUGGGGAAACCCUGGACAAGAAGGUAGAAACCAAGGAAGAAGAGCCCAUGAGCGAGUGUCAGAAGCUGCUUGUUGGGGAUUUCCCUCAUGAGCUGGAGGCAGACGACAUGGAUGAAGAUGUUCCGAAGCGCAAGAACCGUACCAAAGCACGAGCCUAUGGUGUUGGGGGCAUGAGAAAGAGACAAGAGCUGCCUGCCAUUGAAGACAGAGACAAGCCUUAUGUCUGUGACAUCUGCGGGAAGCGCUAUAAGAACCGCCCAGGGCUGAGUUACCACUACACUCACACACACCUGGCAGAUGAGGAGGGUGAAGAAGACUCAGAGCGACACACGCUACCCUUCCAACGCAAGAACAACCACAAGCCCAAGAAAGCAGCGGAUGGCUCAGUCAUUGCCAACGGCUACUGCGACUUUUGCCUCGGAGGCUCAAAGAAGACCGGCUGUCCUGAAGACCUUAUUUCCUGUGCGGACUGUGGACGCUCAGGCCACCCGUCCUGUCUGCAGUUCACAGUGAACAUGACAGCUGCGGUGAGGACUUAUCGCUGGCAGUGCAUCGAGUGCAAGUCCUGCAGCCUGUGUGGCACCUCUGAGAACGACGACCAGCUGUUGUUCUGUGACGAUUGUGACAGAGGCUAUCACAUGUACUGUCUGAGCCCUCCGAUGUCUGAGCCGCCAGAGGGGAGCUGGAGCUGUCAUCUGUGUCUAAGACAACUGAAGGAGAAGGCCUCAGCCUACAUCACCCUCACUUAAUCUGCUGAGCUGCGCCUCUUCCUCUUGGCCCUUCAUCCUCUCCCAAAACCACUUCUCCGUAACCCCCCUCACUGUGCCUCAGAGGCUACCCCCCCUCCUCUCCUCUUCUGAUCUGCUCGCCGCUACUCUCUCUACGUUCUGUCCCCGCGACCUUUGACACGACUGAGCACACAGCAACCACGGCGAUGCAUAUUCGCGAAACGUCUUUCCAGUGGCGAGCCAACCUCCGCCCCGUUUAUUUAUUUAUUUUGGUCACUCGAAUUCCCUGUUGUGCUUGACCUGAACCCCCCCCCUUCAUUCUUGCUCUGUCUCAACAGAGGAAUUCAUCAGCUGGCAAUAAGUUUGCUAGCAAGACACACACUUCAGCCUGCCAAGGGCACUUCUGAGGCAUACUACUCCACAGGAACCCUCAUAAGGGCCCUCGGAUGAGCCCUAAUGAUCUUCAGCUGCAACUCAGUCAAGUAGUGAGCGAGAAUUAAUAAGAUGGAUAGGUGUUAGGCAGAGGACAGGGCAUUGAAGACCCUGGAUAACCAUGGAGCAGUAUGUUUCGGUGUUAGUCAACUGUGAAAUAUACACCCAAUCAAAAUUUCAUUUACUCCCUCUGUCCUUUACCGUGCACGGCAGAGCUGAGACACUGAACUCUGCUCCAUUAUUUGUCUGCAGGGUUUCCUGCUCCAUGCAGUUUUUUAAAGGCAGAGUGAAUUGUACAGAAUUUCGACUGAUUCUCCAUCUACGCGCUCAUAAAACCUCACCCUCGCCGGACACGUCGGAGUCUCUGGUCAGGAACUCAGACCAUCUUUGACCUCACCCUGUCCUCUCUCGUUGCAUGGGGUUUUUCCACAAAAUUAAUGAUGCAUUUUGGGAUUGACACCGGUGGUUUUUAGUGUGCGGAUGUGAUCCUCUGAUUAAAGGAGAGAAGGAUUUUUCUCUUAAUCAACUAUCUCUGAUCAAACGAUGUAUUUAAAAAUACAAUUUAGGCUUAGCGUCCCUCACAAAUCCUUUACCUGACCUUUGUUCGCCCUUUCCCUCGAUGAAACAAUGACUGUGAAGCCAAUGCGAGACUAAAACGCUCCUGGUGCUUGGUGUGUAUUAUCUGUGUGUUAAGAAUGUAGGAUCAAUGUGUGGACAAUGCAGAUCUUUGUCUGGCCUAUGCGGAGGCCAAAAAAACGUAUUUUUUAAUGAUUCCUUUUUUUAAUUUCUUUUUCAUUCGCAUGUUGUUGUUUCAGUUGUUUUUUCAAAACUUGUAAUUGAAAUCGAAGAGAAAGCACACUUAAUUCGCAAUAAUGUGUUUGUAAUAUGAACUCUUUUGGCCAAACUGGGUGUGUGUGAGUGUGUAUGUGUGUGUGUGUGCAUGUCUGUUUGUGGGACUUUAUUUGAGAACUACAAUAAUUGUAGCCAUUUCCAAGCUAGGCAGGAUCUGUGCGAGGAUCUGAGUAGCAGAGGUCAAGUGGAUGUAAGGAAAGUCGGCAUUUUCUCGUCCAGGCAUUCUGACAGAGUGAAGACAAAAAGAAAGUGUUAAAGGAAUUGUUUCAUCAUUUCACGGUGGCUUAUAUGCCAGAGUGCAUCUUGAAGUGACUCUGGAAAGUAUGGAAGAAAUGAAUAGUAUGGCACAUAACCCACACUGAAGAUCAUAAUUUUUAUCAUUUACAACCUUUUGUUUUAUAUUACACGUUAAUCUAUAAGCAUUAGAGGUGCUGGUAGCCAAGAUGAGAGGUGAAACAUCUUCAAAAAACGUAAAGAAGUCCAGCCACCCUUGAUUCAAGGGUCUUAGACUAACAUGACCUGGUUGAGUGAAACCCUACACAGACAUACGGCCAGGAUAACUGUUUCUUACAGUGGCCCUGAGAGGUCAAAUGCACUGUAGCUAAGAAAAAUAACACCAACAAAUACUAAAAUGCUGUAAUAGCACACAAAGCAAAACUGAAGAUGAGUAAAACACAAUAGAAAUAGAAAAAUACAUCCAUCCAUUUUCUUCCACUUAUCCGGGGCCGGGUCGCGGGGGCAGCAGCCCAAGCAGAGAAGCCCAGAUCUUCCUCUCCCCAGCCACCUCCUCCAGCUUGUCCGGGGGAACACCAAGGCGUUCCCAGGCCAGCCGAGAGAUAUAGUCUCUCCAGCGUGUCCUGGGUCUGCCCCGGGGCCUCCUCCCGGUGGGACAUGCCCGGAAAACCUUACCCAGGAGGCGCCCAGGAGGCAUCCUUGUCAGAUGCCCGAACCACCUCAACUGGCUCCUUUCGAUGUGGAGGAGCAGCGGCUCUAAUCCAAGCCCCUCUCGAAUGGCUGAACUUCUCACCCUAUCUCUAAGGGAGAGGCCAGGCACCCUUUGGAGGAAGCCCAUUUCCGCCGCUUGUAUUCGUGAUCUCGUUUUUUCGGUCACUACCCACAGCUCGUGACCAUAGGUGAGGGUAGGGACGUAGAUCGUACGGUAAAUUGAGAGCUUCGCUUUUACACUCAGCUCUCUCUUCACCACAACAGACCGGUACAGCGUCCGCAUCACUGCAGCUGCUGCACCAAUCCAUCUGUCGAUCUCCCGCUCCCUUCUCCUCCUCUCUCGGGGUCUUCAUCACUCGUGAACAAGACCCCGAGAUACUUAAACUCCUCCACUUGGGGCAGGGUCUCGUCCCUGACCCGGAGUGGGCACGCCACCCUUUUUCAAAAUAUAUUUCAAUAUUUUGAAAGUGUUUUUCAAAAAAUACAACAAAGGUUAAAUAGAAUACCAAGUUAAAAGAAAAAAAAAAGAAAAAACUAAAAAAAAAACCAAGAUAUAAUGAAACGAAACACAAGUAUUUUUUGUGUGUAUCUACAGUAUUUGGUAAGUCACACAAUUAAAACAAACCUUGUGUCUUUUUCUCCUGAACGAAACUUAACACAGAUGAAUCCUUAGCUUCAUUUAAGCGUCUGUCUCUUUGUGGAGUCCUUUACAGGUUUUGGUUAACGUCUCCCCCAAAACACUGCCAUUGUGUUUUGUGUGCUUUUGAAACAUUUUUCUGUUUUCUGGUGUUUUCUUAAGUUGCAGUUUAUUUGACCUCUCAGGGCCCCCGUAGUUUCCCCAGUCUUGAGAUUAAGCUAACUGUCCCAUCCAUUGACUACAGAAAACGUUUCUACAGUCAUUGUUCCCAUCACUCUAACUUCUCUUUUAUCCGAUCAGUAAAAAUUUGUAAUAAAUAAUAGUUGCAAUCCUGAUUACAGACUACACCCCUUAAGAGGUGUUGUCUUUAUAAAACUGUAUGCCACCUUUAGCUACGCAUAAAUAGAUUUUAUGCGAGUACUUAAUUCUCUCACAGUCUUUGCCAUUAUCAGCACAAUUAUCACCACAGAAUAAUGUCAAGGGGUCAUUGAUUUUACAUUAGCGGAUAUGCUAAGCUCUGUGUUGCUAGCAUAGAGCAAUAGUCAAUCAGGUUGCUCUUUCAAGAUCAAACCUGUCUGAAAGAGAGACAGUGUCACCAAAAUAUAAAUAAAUUAAACUGUAUUGGACAUUUGUUAACAUGUAUACAUUCAAAUGACAUAUGACAGCCUCUGUGAAGCCAUCUGAUUUGUUUCUUUUUCUGUUUUUUGGGGUUGAUAAGCAAAAUAUGUUGUUGUAGAAGUUAUGCUAACACUGCUAGUCUGCGCUAAAGAAUCUGGUGUAAGUGUGGAGAAACGUGGAUUUAAAUUGUCAGCCAGCAUGCUUCUUCGUGGGCUUUCACUGAAAAGAGAUCUUUUAUUUUUCUCUUAUUGAAAUGACCCGUUAUAGUGUCCUCAACCAGUUUAACUGGGUUUCUUAAGGCAACUUACCAAGCAUUUUUAGAAGACAGGUGAAGUACGAGUGCUGAUUUAUGGGGACAUUUCUAAAUGAUUUAUUAGUGCGGAUGUGAGGUUUGAGUUUGGAGACAAUAGCUGUAAAUAUGGGGAUUGAAUUAAGGGCAACAAAUUGCCAUUUUACACAGUGUUUCAUAUUUUUGUGUACAGGUAAGAGUAUGAACGGCUCAGACUCGGCCGGCUUCGGCUUGAAUGAACGUCUCAUUUUAAUGCUGCAUCAUGUCUCUGAAAGGAAAUUCACAGGAUCAGAUGGCUCGCUAGAAUGUAUCUGAACUGUACUCGUGUUUGCCAUCUGAUGCAGACGGGCAGUAGGUGCAAAUACUGUACCACCCCCUCAAUUCAAUUCAACUUUGCAUGAAUGACUCAUAUUUUGAUAAAGUCGGUAAUGCAUUUUUAAAUAACGACGACAAAAACCUUUAACUUAUGUUCAGUUCCUGUUUGUUUGCUUGUUUGGUUCUGUACCUUAAAAAAAAAAAAUUACAUUUUGCACAGCGUGGCUACAUUUGCUCUCCAAGUGCGUUUAUGCCUCUGUGUGUGAGUGCGUGUUUAUAUAUAUGUGUGUACGUGUGUGUAUGAGUGUAUGCGUAUAUCCACAGAAGGUCAGUGAAGAAAAAAAAAGAAAGAAGCAAAUCGAACCAAAAUAGUGUGUUAUUUCUUAUUCUGCAGACAUUUUCUUCUCAGUGGAACCAGUUGCAUGGCACAACACUGCUUGAGGAUUGUAAUGUUGAGUACAGAUUACAACUAAAGUGCACUGGAGUGUACACAUUUCACGCAAGGCACUCGGAUUAUACUGUAUGACUUUAGGGUGUGUUAAAUUAGUGUUACAUUUGCCGACAAAACCACUAGCAACCAAUAAAAAGAAACGUUUAUUUCCAUUUACAAAUCAGAGCUAACACCUAGACUUGAAGCAUGUCUGUGUGGAAAUAGUUUGAUGAUGAAGUGGAAAUGUUUAAUGGUGAUUGUUAGAUUAAAUAUAAUGGAAAUGUUUGGGAUUUGGAUGAUAAUGAUGAUGUCAUUGUGACUGAAAAGCCUUUAUAUUUGGAGCUUUCCUGGCACUUAAAAGGAGAAGCAUGGUGGAGUCAAACUAACUUUGAUUGUACUAUCUGGGGAGGGCGGGGAAGCCAUGUUGGGUCUUUGGAAAGUUUAAUGAAACUUGAGCCUUCUCUCUGUACAAAUGGAUGAAGCAAAGCGAUGGUGGUGGUAAGGGUGGGGAUGUGGGGUCCAACAAAGCCACACCAGGAACCUCCAGGUCUCAAGUUGAUGCCAUUACCCCCAUCUCCCCCUUCCACCAUCAUUUCAGGCUGUUGGGGUGGCUCAGUCAGAGGGUUGAGCCUUUGGGCCACUCUAGGCCUCUGUUGUAAAUUGUUGUUCUGUGAUCUUGCUUGCACUUUUUUUGUUGUUUUAUUUGUUUUUGUUUUUCUUUUCCCAAAAAUAAGAAACUAAUUGUAAGUAUGUAUGCGUGUGAGUGCGGGUGCACUUUUCGUUUUCAAUCUUUGCAUUUUUUGUUUUCCAAUGUGACUGUCUGUUGUAAACAACACUGGAUAAAGACGAGUUUUUAAUUUGUAUUUUUUACCUCGAGAGGAAGAUGCAAUCUUCUUGGACAUUUUUUUUAACCGCCCUCCUCUUUUCCUCCCUCUCUUUCUCCUCCUCCUCUUCCGUCUGGUACCUGGGAAUGCUUUGAAAUGUGGACCGUGACCGCAUUGCUGUCAUCACUGCUGUCAGUCAUUCUCUGUGAAUUCAUUCGGCUUUCUCAAUUUACCCAGUUUUUUCUCUCUUCCCUCGACUCAUUUUUUUCCAUUAAAAAGAUGAGAUUGAAAAAUGAGCUGUACCUUUUGUGUGUGCCGUGUGUGUGUUUGCAUUAUUUGCUCCAGUUUCUGUGGUGUAAAUCGCUGAAUAUUUGUGUGUUCUUGGACAGUAGUCAGUCUGUCUGUCUGCUCGUCUGUAUUGCUGCCAACUAGGGCAGCUUACAAGUCUGUCUUUUUUUUUUUCCUUAGGUGGGGAUGACUAGUCCACGGACUUCUUCUCUCACAUGCACAUACUUAUGGGCUUGAAGCUAAGGCCAACAUCGACCAUUUUUUCUCCCGCUUGUAUUUCUUCCUUUCCUUUUUCAGUCUUCAGAGGAGAAUGUAAUUGCAUAGUUUCAGCUAGAAAACACGUGUCUCUUUUUUAAAAAAUUUAAGGUGUCUUUUCAUGUGUUUCAAAAAGGGGUAAAAAUGCCUUUGAAGUGAUAAAAAGAAAUUAAGGGAUGCCAUUGUUUGGAAUGAAUAGCGUAUCCUGGAAAACCUGGGAAUGGGGACAAAGGAGCCCCGUUGUCCACAAUUGUUUUCCAGCAACACUGCAGAAGAAAAUACACUUUGCUAUUCAGGGCAGGUACAGUUUUGCUAUUUGUGAUGUAUUCCUGGAGAUGAGACAUUCAUCAUAGCUGCAGUGUUGGCCAGACCUGGCUGAGCAACAGCAGCAGGGUGAAGUCAAGCCGAUCAACAGUUCCAUUUUUUGCUUCCUACCAGAACACUGAAAACCAAAAAACUGGUGCAUACUCGA